AUUCAGCCUUGGUUACCGUGGAAACCAUCAGUGCAUCUGUUAAACCUGUCUGACUCUGACCUUCAUGAAGACGUCCAUUACCCUGCAGAAGUCAAUUAAACUUCAUUCACACAUAAACGAGUUGAUUCACAGAUGGAGGAAGAUCUGGUAGAAGAGAAGAGUAACAACAGCAGCAAAAUUAGUUCAUCAACAGAGAAACAGACCAGCAUAAAUCCAGAAAGACCUCAUGAUGAGGGUGAGGAGAGUAUUAAUGGAGGACAGCUGGAUCAACAUCAGCCUAUCCACACUUUAGAGAAACCAUGCCACUGUAACCAGUGUGGGAAGAGUUUCAGACUAUCUAUACGUUUGAAGAUUCAUCAGAGUAUCCACACUGGAGAAAAGCCUCAUGUCUGUGACCAGUGUGGGAGUAGUUUUCGUCGAUUAGCAAAUUUGAAGAUUCAUCAGCGUAUCCACACUGGAGAAAAGCCAUACCUCUGUGACCAGUGUGGGAAGACUUUCCGUUUCUCAUCGACCUACAAAGUUCAUCAGCGUAUCCACACUGGAGAAAAGCCUUAUGUCUGUGACCAAUGUGGGAAGAGUUUCAGGCAAUCAUGCCAGUUGAAGGUUCAUCAGCGUGUCCACACUGGAGAAAAGCGUCAUCAGUGCACUAACACGGUUUAGAAAGUAUUUUUGAACUGUAUGAAACGAUUGCCUGUUAAAAGAUGACAUGGAUUGUAAAAGUUUUCAUAAAACUGUCUCAAUAAUAUUCAUAUGCGUGCAACUUAA